AUGCGGACCCAAAUGCCGUCCGUUCUUCCUCUUCCCCUUCUUCUUGCUCUUCUUUCGGCUGUCACCCUUCAAUCCGUAGCCGCAAACCGGGGACCAUAUCCACCGCCGACGGGCGUGUGGAAUCGGAUAAAGAAGGUGGACGACUACCCUGUCCCGGAAAUCGCUCGACUCGCUGUGUCACAGCACAACAACCGAACAGGGAACAGCCUCGAGUACAUUCGGGUGUAUAGGGGGUACGUCGACGGGCCGUUCUACCGCCUCUUUAUCCAGGCCACGGACCACGCGAAAGCUCGCAGGUAUGAGGCAGUCGUGAGGGAUGACCUCUGGCCGAAGAUGAGGCAGCUCGUCUACUUCAGGGCCUCAUCUUAA